AUGGCUGGCGGAGGCGGCACCUAUGCCGUGCCGGCUCGCCGGCAGCCGAUGACAGCCGAGCUAUGGGACCGGCGAUACUCAAAGCAAGCCUACGCCUACGGCAGGGAUCCGAACGACUUCGUCCGUGGAGCUUGGGACUCGAAUCUCCUCCCCAGAGAAGGUUCGGCCUUACUUCUUGGCGAGGGCGAGGGGCGCAAUGCCGUGUUUCUAGCUGGUGUCGGCCUUUCCUGCACGGCCGUAGACUUGUCGAAGGCAGGCCUGUCGAAGGCCCGCCGCCUGGCAGACGAGCGAGGUGUGCGAAUCAAAACGGUAGCUGCUGAUCUUGCAGAUUUCUGCAUGGGCUGCAGCUGCUGGGAUGCCAUCAUCUCGGUCUUCUGCCACCUGGAGCCACCGCUGCGGCGGCAGGUGCACCAGGCGGCGGCGGAGGCCUUGAGGCCCGGAGGUGUCGUCGUCAUCGAAGCCUUCACGCCUGCACAGCGCCGGUACAACUCUGGUGGACCCCCGGACGAAGAGCGUCUGGUCACGGAGGAGAUGCUUCUCGAGGACUUCCAAAACUUGGAGGUCGUUCUUUGCCGGCAGCUGGAGAGGGUGGUCCUGGAGGGCAGCUACCACACAGGCUUGGCUUCCGUCAUCCAGUUCGUCGCCUGCCGCACGGGCGAGUCAUCAGGGCUGCUGGCGAAGGACCGCAAAGAGCGUUACGAGAGAAAUAUUGAUGCCAUCUUCGAGGAGGUGAACUCUGAGGCGCAUCGCGACUUCGACGAAGAGGAUCCCUUCCUGUCGGUGGCGCAGGCAGGUGUCCACUACGCUAUCCAGGCCAGCGAAGCGGACGGAAGGUGCCGGUACUGCUGGCUUCCCAAGGAGUUGUGUGCUUGCUGUGCGGUGUCGAAGGCGAUUGAGCUGCAGAAGGUGCACUUCGUGCUCUUAUGCCACCCGCUGGAAUUUCUACGGUCGAGCAGCAGCGGCAAGCUGCUGCCUUGUGUCCUGGGAGCCGACCUCUUCGUCUUCGGGGUCGGUGUUAAUGCAGACAAACUCGACCAGAUCAUCAACGACAGCCGAACGCACCUACUGCUACCGGGCGACGGUAGCAGGACGUUCGAGGAGUGGUUGGCCAGACCCCAGGAGGACCUCGCACACGGGACAGUCGUUGCCGAAGACCGGCGUUGCGAGCUGAUCCUGCUGAUUCCGGAUGGUUCCUGGGAGCAGGUGCAGGCCUUGAGACGUGCCUUGGACCGGAAGAGGACAGCACGUGGCCGCCCGCCGCUUCCGUGCCUGAGGCUGCAGGAGGAGGCGGUACGCGCGUUCCACUCGCCCCUCAUCGAUGCGCUGAAGCAGGGAGCGGGACAAGGUCGCAUCUCCACCUUUGAAGCUUGCGCGCUGCUGCUUCGGGAAGCGGAGGAGGCGUGGUCUUUGUCACCAGGCACCUGGAAGGAGCAAGGAGCUUGA